AUGGGUUCUCUUCGCAAGCAUCAAACAUUUUCUUCCACCACUCCCCAAUUUUUCCAGAUAAUUUUGGAGGACACUUCUAGAGAUAUCAAAAUUAGAAUUCCAAAGAAAUUUGUCAUGAAAUAUGGACAAGAUGUAUCAAAUUCAGCUCGUCUUAAGCUUCCGAGUGGUGCUGAAUGGCAAGUGGAAUUGACAAGGUGCAACGGUAAGGUUUGGUUUGAAAAGGGUUGGCCAGAGUUCUCUAAGUUCUUCUCUUUAGACUACGGUAACUUCCUAGUUUUUCGAUAUGAAGGGAAUUCUGUAUUCCAAGUAUGCAUAUUUGAUAGAACUGCCACAGAAAUCGAUUACCCCAUAGCAAUGCCCGGGAUGGAAGAGACGGAUCAUGAAGAUGAAGAAGGUGAUGAUAUAUCUAUUGAAAUCUUGGAGGAUUCUCCACUGGUACCCCGCCCGGAAGUUAAGAGGGAGAAAUCUCCAUUACCAUGUCCUCCAUCAUACAAAAAAAUGAGAACAAGUUGGAGUGAUAAAACAGUUGAGACGAUGUCUGAAAAUGAUGUCGGAGGCUCAUCGCCUACACGAAAAUGCUUAAAUAGAACACUUGAGGAUCUUGGGGAGUUUCAAUCACUGAAUAAUGAUGAGAAGGCUCGAGCGCUUUUGGGUGCUGAUGGUUUUAUAUCUGAAAAGGCUCACUUCAAGGUUGUCAUGCAACCUUCAUAUGUUCAACAAAGUUAUUUGGGUUUGCCAGCGAAAUUUUUUAAGGAAAAUCAAAUCAAGGCCGCUGCUUAUGUCACCCUUCGGGUUUCAAACGGAAAAACUUGGUCAGUGAAGUUCAAUUAUGAACAAUCAAAAGCCACACUCCAGCAUGGUUGGCUUGCAUUUGUAAAGGACAAUUGUCUCAAAGUCGGUGAUGUGUGUGUCUUUGUCUUGAUUAAGGACAUUAAUCUUUUAUUUCAAGUUGAAAUUUUCAGGGCUACAAUCUUCCCCGUGCUAGCAGGGCAUAGUAGAGGAGCAGCUGUACAUGUAGAAGAUAAUAGAAGCUCAAUGAAAGUGGAAUCUGAUUGCGGCAUGGACUGUGGUAUGGCUUCUGUUAAUCCUUCUCCUCUUGAUAUUGGCAAUAAGAACAAAGGAUCAGAAACUAGUGGGGAAGUUGCUGAAAGGCAUUGCUCAUUUUUGAGGGUUCCUAGGGAUAACCUCGAAGCAGCCAGCAAGUUCAUUCCAAAAAAUCCCUUCUUUCGAGUCACUAUUAGGGCUUAUCACCUUGCGAGGUCAGGUGUGAAUGUACCAGCCAAUUUCAUGAAGAAAUCCAUAAAGCGACUACAGGAGAAACAAACAGUGAUGCUUCAAGUUAAAAAUAGUUUAUGGCCUGUGAAUUUGGUACCUCGUACUCAAGGAUCAGCUGGCAGACUUUGUAGUGGUUGGAUAACAUUUGCCAGGGAACAUGAUUUGAAAGAAGGUGAUGUUUGUGUUUUUGAGCUUAUGGAGAUGAAAGCCAAUAAUAUUGUACUGGAAGUUCACAUUUUUAGAUGUGAUUAGGGCUAGUGUACGUCCUUUUGAGGAGUUCAACAAUCACAUUUUGGUAUCCUAUAGUUUUUUUAUGUGGAUUUAGGUUCUGUGUUUGUUCAUGAAUCAAUAUGUACGGUCAUUAUAUUACGAAUAUGAUUUUUAUGUUCUUCU